GAUAUCCUCAAAGCGAUCACGUGGUCCGUUUUGCAAAGACGUAAACAAUCCGCAGUGCUCAAUUUGGAAAACGUAGUGGUGAAAAAAGUUGGAAAACUUUUAUAACAGCUAGCGUCAGCUCGGUUUUAGGUUGUAGGAGUGGAGUAAACGUUGCCCAGGACUAGUUUGUGUUGUUUGAACUUGCAUUUAGCUAUUCUAAAUCUAAUUAAAAUGUCGUCAGAAGUGGCAAAUGGCGCAAUCCAAAAUGGCGAAGUUGACGAGACCGAAAUGCUGACGGGGGAUAUUGACCCACUUAGCCUUUUGGAAGAAGAAGGCAAACCAAUUCGUAUUAUUCGAAAGGCGAAAAGAAUUACAAGAACACAUUCCGGUGGUGAUGCCACGGCCAGCAAUGGGGUCGCAGCUGAGAAAGUACCCGCACUUAAAAAUAGUCGCAAGUCGAGGGACGGCAGGGGUCGAGGGGAACCCAAAAAAGGGGGUGCUGGAGGAAAGGGAACCUGGGGAGCCCCUGGAGAUGAAUUGUUAGUAGACAGCAGCUGUAGGGACGCCAACGACCCUAACUAUGAUUCGGACACUCAGGGUGACUAUGCACUUGAAAAGAUUGAGCCAUUGGUGACAGUGGAGGAGUUUGACAAGAUUGUGCAACCAAUCAUUCUGGAGUACUUCAACCACAGCAUAACCAAGGAAGUAGAGGCAAGCUUAGAGGAAAUCAACAUCUCCAAGAUGCGAAGUCGUGUACUAGAGUUGUCUAUCAGCCUGGCCAUGGACCGGAAGGCCAGUCACCGGGAGUUGACCUCCAUCCUCAUAUCUGAUCUCUAUGGUAACGUGUUGGAGGCCAAGGACAUUCAGACAGGCUUCGAUAACUUGCUCAACGGCCUUGCCGACCUUGUGAUAGACUCACCCGAAGCUCCAAAGUUACUGGGUAUGUUCAUGGCGCGGGCAGUGGCAGAUGAUUGCCUGCCCCCAAAGUACAUCCAGAGCUACAAGGGGGCGGUGGACAACACUGCAACUCAGGAGGCUCUAGAGAAGGCAGAACUGCUGCUUAGUCAGAAACAUGGCAUUGUCAGGUUGGACAAUAUCUGGGGCACGGGUGGGGGCAUUCGGCCUGUCAAGUACCUCGUGAAACAGAUGGUGUUACUGCUGAAGGAGUACUUGUCCUCUAGUGAUGUGAAGGAAGCCACGCGUUGUCUCCAGGAGCUUGAAGUACCACAUUUCCACCAUGAACUAGUCUAUGAGGCCACUGUGAUGAUACUGGAGGAAGGCAGUGAGAGAUCAGCGGAGAGGAUGGUGGCCCUCCUGAGGUCCCUGUAUGAACACUGCAUUAUCACUCCGGAACAAAUGACACAGGGAUUUAAGCGGGUCUAUGAAAACAUGCCCGAUAUCAGCCUAGACGUCCCGAACGCGUACACUCUACUGGAGCGGUUUGGUGAGAUGUGUCACAAGAACAGUGUGAUGACUGAUGUGGCGUUCAAAGACCUGCCUUGCGGAGGAAGGAAGCGCUUUGUGUCAGAGGGAGAUGGUGGGAGAAUUAAACCAGCUGUUCUGUGAUUGUCUGCCUUUACGUGAUAUUUAAAAUGGCCAAUAUCUGCGUUUUUCAAGUUUCAAAAUGGCCGACUUUGUUACAUGACCAGUGUGAGAGUGUCAUGUGACCUGACAUGUGACUAUUUUUAGCAUCAUGUAAACUUGUGACUUUUGGUGCAGGAAGUACCUGGAACAAUUCUAGUUCUUGUGCAGUAUUUCAAUUCAUUAUUGUGUAAAUAGCCUUUAAACGAUGGUUUAUGGAUUUUUCCUUGCAUUUUAUUUUUUUCUAAACAACAGCUGCUUUGGUUAUAUAGGUAUUUUAUAUUCUUUCCAGCAAAGGAAUGGUAAACAAUUGGUUUAUUUAUCUGUUAAUGAAUUGUGUCAUUUGGUGUUAGUGAUUUACAAAUAAAUCAUCAUUUGUUAAUACUAAAAUACUUUAUGAUUUGUCUUUGACAUAGUAUUAGGUUUGGAAAUAGAUUUUUGUCCCCUACCGGUUUCACCAGAGGGGACUUGUGGUUUGCGCUCUGUGUGUCUGUCAGUCUGUCUGUCAGUCCAUCAGUCUGUCACACUUUUCUGGAUCCUGCGAUAACUUUAAAAGUUCUUCAUAUUUUUUUCAUGAAACUUGAAACAUGGAUAGAUGGCAAUAUGGACGUUAUGCACAUAAUUUCAUUUUGUUCCUACGUCAAAAAUUCUGGUUGCUAUGGCAACAAAUAAAAAAAUAAAAUUCUGACAAUGGUGGAGCCGGUAGGGGACAUAUAUUGCUUGGCAAUAGUGUUGUUUAUUUUGUACAAUUGUGCACUUUUUAUGUUUGAAUACUGUGAUUUGUUUUUACUACUGGCAGGGGAAACGCUCUACACCAUGCCACUGUUAAUGUUUUCACCACUAAAUGGCGUCAAGUACUAGAAUGUAAUCAUGACAUUUACUAUAUAUUUACUAUAUAGUUUUUUUGUAAUGAAAUAUCACAUUCAGCAAUAAAAGUGCUUUUGUUUUUUUUAUAGGUGUUAAUCUGUUAACGAAUUUGAUUCAAUGAUUUUAAAUGUUUUAACACUGCCUUGGGUAUGACAUGUUUGUAAAUGUUGGUUGUUACAGUGUGUUCAUGUGUCAGGCAUAACCAUGCUUUAAUUGAAAAUUUGUCCAACAAAACCGAUUUGUUUAGAUUUAUUUAAUAUUGAAAUGGGGUUCCUUGAGCGUGCUUAACACACUUCUUCUUAUAAAUCACUUGGUAGAUUUGGUAUAUUUUUAAUCUUAUAGUUAAUGUAAUUAAUUCUUUAAGCACCCAUUCCUCUGUUUAAUAACCAUUUUAAUUAUGACGUUGAGCUGUUAGCAUAUGUAAAUGAUGUAAGAUUAUUUUCAAGCUAAAUGUAAUUAGGAGACUUUUGUGUUAUGCAAAAAAGCACAAAUAACAUAAUGCUUUUAUGAAGUUUCUGGCUAUUUUUGUCUCUUUGCAGAAAGUUGCUAAAGCAAGCUAAUGCGUGUAAUGUAGAAAUUAUUGUGUCAUUUAGCAGAAAGCAUUUAACUUAUUAUUCUCACUUAAAUACAACUUGAUUUACUAUUUCCUUAAGAAUUUUUGUGACUAUGAGUCCAGGCAAUGUCCAUGGUGCAAGUUAUUAUAUAGGACUUGCAGCCCCAACAAGGUAUUUUUCUUUGGUUAUCAGUGUUUCUGAUGGGUUGAAACAAAUUUGAAUGUGUCAGCAAUGCAUGGUAAAGAAUGUACAUCAGUGCCAAUUUAUAUUUCUAUACACAAUUUUAAAUAUAAAUUAAAUUGUGUUGUCCCUUAUUUUCACACCCAUGGUGUAUAAUUAAGGUGUUGAGCAAGUUAAGUUGAUUGAUUCUGUAAUUUAACCAAAACAGCUUCCAGUGAUGUGAUGAACAUAUUUUCAUGUUUGUUAAAUGAAAUGUUGGCAGAUUUCUGCCAGCUUGAAGUGUGUAGAGUCUUCUCUCUGGUUCCGUGUAUUUGUGUUCAUGAGUAAUUACUAUUUCUUGUCAUUGAAUCUUUGAAUAAAAUUACUUUAUUGCAA